AUGGCGGCGGCGGCGGCGGAGGGCUCGGUGGCGGAGGAGGGGGACUCGGCGGCGGCGGAGGAGGAGGGCUCGGAGGCGGCGAAGGAGGACUCGGCGGCGGAGGCGGUGGAGGGCUCGGAGGCGGUGGCGGCGAUGGCGGCGGCGGCGGCGGAGGGCUCGGAGGCGGCGGCGGAGGGCUCGGAGGCGGCGGCAGCGAUGGCGGCGGCGGCGGCGGAGGGCUCGGAGGCGGCGGAGGGGGACUCGGUGGCGGAGGCGGUGGAGGGCUCGGAGGCGGCGGAGGAGGACUCGGCGGUGGAGGCGGUGGAGGGCUCGGAGGCGGUGGCGGCGAUGGCGGCGGCGGAGGAGGACUCGGAGGCGGCGGCGGCGAUGGCGGCGAUGGCGGCGGCGGAGGCGGUGGAGGGCUCGGAGGCGGCGGAGGGCUCGGAGGCGGCGGAGGAGGACUCGGCGGCGGAGGCGGUGGAGGGCUCGGAGGCGGCGGCGGCGAUGACGGCGGCGGCGGCGGAGGGCUAG